CGCAACACCAGAGCCCUGCUCACGUCUAGUCCACGACGAGCAAAGGAAAUGGAUUGCUGACAGAAAAUUACCGUUGACAGAGAAUCAACAAAAUAUAUAUAUUUGCUAAAACGUUGUAGCAUAGCGUUGAAUAGUUUUUUAGUUGUUAGGGGUUGGAACGACAGCAAAAUGAUUAUCACUGUAAAACCGCUUCAAGGAAAGGAGUGCAACCUACAGGUCACAGAAGAUGAAAAAGUUUCCACAGUGAAAGAACUGGUGUCUGAACGUCUGAAUAUACCAGCCAAUCAGCAGCGAUUGCUUUAUAAAGGAAAAGCUCUUGCAGAUGAACACAGAUUGAGUGAUUAUGCCAUUGGGCCUGAGGCCAAACUGAACCUGGUGGUUCGUCCAGCAGGGGAGAAGGUGGGUGGGCCGGCACUGGCCAGCGGAAGUAGAAGUCCUCCUGGUGGAGUGUGGCAAACUCUGUCCACCGUCCUGGCAAAACACUUCAGCCCUGCGGACGCAGCCAAGGUGCAAGAGCAGCUCAUCAAGGAUUACGAGCGAGCCCUCCGCCAGCUGAGCCUGGACGAUAUAGAGCGCCUGGCUGGACGCCUGCUCCACCCAGACAGCGAUGGCAUGGACACCUCCUAUAUGGACUGAGAGCGCCUCAGAUGUGGUCAUGUGAUAGUCAGGAGAGCAGUAGGAUCGGAGAGGGCAUAGCAAGGGAGCUGCAAUCAAAUGAUUUUAAUACACAAGAGACUGAUGGAGGUUUCAGUGUAUAGCAGAGACAGCAUCCAGAUUACAGUCUGUUUGUUUAUAUCCACACAUUCCUUGUCAAUUGAUAGGAUGUUUUUGUUUUCUGAAAGUGGAUGUACAAGAAAAUCCCUUUUGGACUGGUGAUCUGAAGCUGUCAGGCUUCUAGACACAAAGUCCAGGAGGUUUGACUUUUUAGGAGUUUCUUAUUUAUGAGUGUUGGAUGAUUGUUGUCUGUUGAAAGGAUUAGUGAUGUGGGCCCAGUGGCUCAUUGUACCAUGUAGGCUACGGCUUGAACACAGGGGACCGGGUUAGAUUCCAUCCCGGCCUAUUCCAUCUCCUCUCGCCCACUACGUUUUCUGUCAAUAUCACAAUAAAGUUUAAAAAGCCGAAAAAUCUCUUUAAAAAAAUUGUGAUGCUUGUUUUCUCUGGUUUCUGGUGAUAAUUGUAUUAUAUGUAAAUAUUGUGUUUAUAAGCAAACAAAUAAACCAAACAAACCUGU